CCUACGACUCGGGCAUCCACUCUGGCGUCAACACCCAGGUGCCCUCUGUCAGCAGCAAGUGCCUCGGGGACGAUGACGAGGUCUACGGGAAGCAGUACACCAUCAAGAAGACGACCACCACCAGCUACUGCCAGGGAGGGAGCCAGGGCCAGAGCCAAGCGCAAGCCGACAUGGAGGCUCAGCUGGCCAUGACCCGUGCCCAGCGCGUUCGGGCUGCCAUGUACCCCGAGACGGUGGAGGACCGCUCGCUGCUCAUCACCACGCAGCUGGAGGGGCAGCAGACCAACGUGCAGCGCCUGGCUGAGCCCUCCCAGAUGCUGAAAUCGGCCAUCGUGCACCUCAUCAACUACCAGGACGACGCCGAGCUGGCCACCCGUGCCAUCCCGGAGCUCACCAAGCUGCUCAACGAUGAGGACCCGGGAGUUGUCAGCAAAGCAGCCAUGGUUGUCAACCAGCUCUCCAAGAAGGAGGCGUCGCGCCGUGCCCUGAUGCAGUCCCCCCAGAUCGUGGCGGCCGUGGUCCGCACCAUGCAGAGCACCAGUGACCUGGACACAGCCCGCUGCACCACCAGCAUCCUGCACAACCUCUCGCACCACCGCGAGGGCCUGCUCUCCAUCUUCAAGUCCGGUGGCAUCCCAGCCCUUGUCAGGAUGCUGAGCUCGCCGGUCGAGUCGGUCCUCUUCUACGCCAUCACCACCCUGCACAACCUGCUGCUCUACCAGGAAGGGGCCAAGAUGGCUGUGCGCCUGGCCGACGGCCUGCAGAAGAUGGUUCCUCUGCUGAACAAGAACAACCCCAAGUUCCUGGCUAUCACCACCGACUGCCUUCAGCUCCUCGCCUACGGGAACCAGGAGAGCAAGCUGAUUAUUUUGGCCAACGGAGGACCCCAGGCCCUGGUGCAGAUCAUGCGCAGCUACAACUACGAGAAGCUGCUCUGGACCACGAGCCGGGUGCUCAAGGUGCUCUCGGUGUGCCCCAGCAACAAGCCCGCUAUUGUCGAGGCUGGCGGCAUGCAGGCCCUGGGCAAGCACCUGACCAGCUCCAGCCCCAGGCUGGUCCAGAACUGUCUCUGGACCCUGCGAAACCUCUCUGACGUGGCUACCAAACAG